UGUGAUGAUCAGGAAACACCACCACCUUUACGUAAUACAAAGGACUUAGAAAGUCCACCCAAUCCCAGUUUGAGUUGGAGUUGUCCCAGAUACAGAAGGUUUUAAAUGAAGUACUUACAAAACAUAAGACUGAAAAGGAAGAUCUUGUGAAAAAAGUUAGGGUAUCUCCCGGAUCAUUCAGGCAGGACACACUACAGAAACAACUAACAGCUCUAGUCUCUCGGCAAAGGAGAUUUCUAAAUCUGCUACGGAAAAGAAAGGCAUUAGAUCAGAAGCUACGCAAUUACAAAUUAAAACAACAGCAAUUGCAGCAAAAUAAUACUGUAAACCGGACCAAAAGUUUGGCCUGUACUAUUAAGAGCACCAUCAGGACAGACACUUGCUCAAAUGAAGGACAGGUUUUGAAUCAAAGCGAGGGACUGAGUGCUAAUUCUGCUAAUGAAACCUCUCAAAAAACAUGCAUACCUUGUCCAUCUGCCAACCCAGAAUUCAUGCAAAAACAGAUUUGUUUGAAUCAGGGUGGGAUAGCUAUUUCUGCCAAUCAGAAUACAGAUAAAAGAGAUAUUCUGCAAGUAAAUACAGCUGGAUGUAACAAGGAAAGAUCUGACAGUGCUUGUCUACUAAAUAACACAAGUAGCAACAGCAAUAUAUGCACAGUAGUUACUUCCAAAUCUGUCUCAAAUAAAGGGGAUGCAAAUACUUUGCCACCACAUUCUGUAGACACAUCACGUGUUCAAAUAGAAACAUUAAACACAAAACAAACUGACUACAUAAAUUUAACAGCAUGCAGUAUCUCUGGCCAGAGUAGUCUUUUGAAUAACAUACAGCCAACUAAUAAUCCAGAAAAGAGUUUUGAAAAUAAUCCUAAUUAUACACUGUUGAACAAUGAAACACCCAAUCUUAAUCACAAGGAGGUCAUCAACAUAAAUCCAAUUCAAAUCUGCCAUGAUACUCAAAAUGGUCAUAUUCCAUCAGUUGUUACACAACCAGUAAUAACAUUUCCACUAAAGAAUUCAGUACAGACAUCUCAUGUUAUUCAACCCAUAACAUCACAAUUGAAAUCUAACUAUCAGUUAUUGCCAAGUACAUCACAGUGUGUUUGGAAUCCACAACAGAAUUUGCACUAUAAAACAGUAGAGCUGAGUGGUAAAUGUCCGCCUGCUGGGAUGUUAAAUGCUGUUCAGCCAAACCAAUGCACUGUGCAGAUGAAGACCACACAGGUCAUGCAGAACAUUCAAAAUAACAACCUGCUGAGUGUUUCCACUCUGUGUGGAAAACAGAAGGAUUCAGAAUCUCAACCAGAGGAUAAAGGAAGUGGACACAGAAAGCCGCUACACUUAAUAGACCUAAUCAGUGAUGGUUUGAUUCAGCCGGGAGAAGAUGUCCUGGAAGUCAAACUGCAGGUUACAUACAGAAAAAAAGAACUUUCAGAAUACAGUUCAAUGGCUAAAUCAUCAUCCAAGCUUCCAGAAAUACAUCCUAUUUCACAGUCAACCAUAUUAACAAAUAAGACAUCUCCAAUGCCUCCACAAUGCAGAACUUCAAGAGAUUCCUCUCCCAAGACUCAGAAAGAGAAAUCCAAGUGCAAUUUCAUGCAGUUUCACGAGAUUCUCCUCAUAAGAAAUGAAGAAUUUCUGCCAUGUCACAUCAUGGAUCAGCAUUGGAAGUUCUAUGCAGAGUGUGAUGAGUGGAAUUUCUAAAGUUACUCUUCAGAUAAAUGAUUUUUAUGAUGAUAAAUCAGGGCAAUGUCCACAUCUUUCUCAAAGUUGUGGUUCAUAGGCAGCAACAAACCAUUACAGAAACGUGGAUAUUGUUAUUCAAAAUCAAAGUUAGUCGUUUUCUUUCGUGAUGCUGAUUAUUAAAACCUUCCCUAACAUUAAUUGCAAUAAAGGUUAAUACUUAGGUAUGGUUUUCCUGUUUACUUUGGUUUUGAUACUUUCCCAUGUUAAACUAGAUAGUGAUUUUAAUACUGAGGCUUUGGUCAUGACCCAAACAAAAUCUUCUGUUGAAAUCAUCCACUUACCCAUUCAUCCUUUGCAAAUAGUAAAAUUUAAAUAAUGAACAUCAAUAUGUCAGUGAAAGAUGAACAAAAGUGAAAGAAAUAUGAAUUUAUUUAUGAAAAAUACAAAAGAGAAGUACAUGAUUCUGCUUUAAUUCAAUUGCAUUUAAUUACGCAAGUUAAAAGAUGUAUUUAGUUGGAUAAGUUUUACCUGAAGAGCUCAUCAUUUGGUCUGCAUGUGUUUCUGUACCAAAAUGGUUAACAAAAUGCCAUGUAGUUCAAUUAAAAUUGUCACAUGUAACAGUUAUUGCUUUUAUUAUCCUUGCUGUGUGUGCUUUAUCAGAAUAAAAGGGACAAUGAUCAUUUGAGAAGAAAAUAUGCUUCACUGCAAGUUGACCAUUUUAUUUUUUUUCCACUAUGCCAUUUACAUUGAAGUACAAGGUACAUUUGGAAAGUUUAGCACUAUUUCAAAGCAAUUACUACAGUACAGAAAUUAGUUGCUAAAGAAUGCCUAAUUAAAAUUAAGCCACAUUUUAGCUGCAACAAUAUGGCACCUUGAAUAUAUUGAAACAUUCUGAGACAUUUCCUGUGGGGGUG